CCGAUGCAGUUCACACCAGCCCCGGCAACGGGAACCGUUAAAGAGGCCUCUGUCCUGGCUUUUCUCCUUAAAAAAAGUCACAAUCACGAUCCCGGCAGCAUAUAAGGCCAGUCAGUCACGAGUCCCACAUUGCCUGUUGCUUCCCAGGUGAAGAAAAUGGAGCGUCACAGAGCUCAAAUGAUUGGUUUUGUGUUGGCAUUGUCGAUUUUUCGAGUCGCUCAUGGUUGGGGGAUUGAUGGGCACUAUACCAUCUGCAAGAUUGCUCAGUCUCGGCUGACCGGAGCAGCAGCGAAUGCGGUGAAGCAACUGCUGCCGGAGUCGGCAGAGGACUUGGCGAGCGUGUGUUCGUGGGCGGACCGAGUGAAGUUCCAUUAUCACUGGUCCUCUGAGCUCCACUUCAUCGAUACGCCGGACAACCUUUGCAAUUACCAGUACAACAGGGACUGCAAGGAUGAGAAUGGAGAGAAGGGAAGGUGUGUCGCAGGAGCAAUCAACAAUUACACCUCCCAGCUUCUAGGUUAUGAAAGCAGUUCUUUUCGAGCCGCAUAUAAUCUUACAGAAGCGCUCAUGUUUCUCUCUCAUUUCAUGGGAGACAUUCAUCAGCCUCUGCAUGUAGGCUUCACCUCAGACAAAGGGGGUAACACCAUUGAUGUCCACUGGUACACCCGGAAACAAGUCCUCCACCACGUUUGGGAUGAUAAUAUAAUUGAGACAGCCGAAGACAGAUACUACAGCUCAGACGUAGACGUCCUUGUAGCCGCUAUUCAGCAGAACAUCACGAAUGAAUGGGCAGAUCAAGUCAAAGACUGGGAGACCUGCGGUUCUACCAAGCCACCUUGCUCAGACACAUAUGCAUCCGAAAGUAUCACCGCGGCCUGUGAGUGGGCAUACAAAGAUGUGAGUGAAGGUUCGGUAUUAGAAGAUGCAUAUUUCCUGUCCCGUUUACCUACCGUUCAUCUUCGGUUAGCUAAAGGGGGAGUUCGACUCGCAGCCACUCUAAACAGCAUUUUCAAGUAAGGGGGUUCAAGUUCUGCUUGAAAUUAUGGUACUAAAAGGAGGAUCAGGCGAAGAUUUAAGGCAUAGUGGAGUAACAGAGAGCUAUCACAGACUACAAUUGCAGUUCAUG